AUGGAAACUAGAUUGGAUUCAGAAGUGACCGUUAGUUUAAUUAAACCAAUGAAACCACAAGAAACCAUUGUAAAUACAACUACAAAUACCACCACCACCAUAAAGGAGAGUGGGAUUUGUGAGACUGAUUUUCAUAUUGAUACGCCUCUUAUUCAUCACCAAGUACCAACAACAACAGUAAGAAAAGUUAUUCCCACCGCAGCAACUUCACCACCAACAACACCCACCUCAGCAGCACCAACCUCAGUGACCUACAAUACAGAUUCAGAUACUGUCCGAAUGGCUCUCGGUGAUUCAAUCGCAUCUCAAGUCAUAUGAAAGUGAAACCAAAGUAAAAAGAUCCAUCAUGAACCCAUGCCAGUUAAAUGACCACCACCAACUGAGAGACUAAGAAUAGAUGAUGAUCAGAAUGAUGAUGGAAAAAACAAUAAACGAUUGUGUCCUUUUCAUCAACAUCUUCAUCCUGAUCUCUUCCAUCAUCACCAUUAACACAAUCCUUAGGAUUACAAAGUAAACCUCAAAAAACUGGAACAUUAAACGAACCCAAGGAACCAGAACUUUUUGUUUUCUUCCAUGGUGAUUGAAUCUACUUUUUGGUCCAAUUUUGUCUCCAUUUUUUUUCGCCCUCCCUCUUAUCCUUUUAUUUUUCAAUCUCCCACCAAACUCACCACAAACUCACACAACCCACUUCCUUAAUCACAAUCUAAUUAUGUUAUUAAUCAAUAUCGUUAUUAUCAUUUUCCUUCCUAUUAUUACCAAAAAGUCAAUUGAAAACUCAGAAAAACUUAUCAUGUUAUUUGUUGUAAUACAAGUUCAUUAUCAUUACAAUUAACUCAAUUACUAUGAUUAUUAUCACUAAAAUUGAUUACAAUUAAUAAUAAAUGUCAAUAGUUAUUAAUUCAUAAAA